ACUCAUUUUCAGCACAUCCCCCACACACAACACACCACCUCAGCACCCACCAAAACUAACAAAAAAAUACUGUUGUAAUUGUUUAAGAAACCACCAAAAUGAACCGCAUCGAUCUCACCCUGGAUGACAUGGCCAACACCAAGUUCCUCACGAUGUACAACAGUCUGAUCAAGAGCUUCACCGCCUCCACGGAUUUCUCCUCCAACGAGGUGGUCAGCCUCCUAAUUGUCUUCUACAAGUACGCCCUCAACAACGGAUCCCGCUCGAUGUCCACCCGCCAGCUGUACAACCUGUUCCUCGUCAGCUUUGGGAUCUUCGACGUUUCCAUCAUCGACCGCAUUUCGAUGAACAUCACGCAGGACGGCCGAUCAGUUUCUCCCGAGGCUUGGAUGCGGCUGUUCUCUGUGUUCUUCACCGGAAAUUUGCAGGAGAGGAUGAAAUUUGCUUUUGAGGUUUACACAAGUGCUGGAACAAUGUCACUAAAUCGUGAGGUAGUCGGCUUGGCCAUUGAAAAAUUCUUCAGCGGCGACGACGACGACGAAGUCAAUGAACUCCGUGCUGAUAUGUGCGAGUUCAUAUUCGUGAAAUUCGACACUGACAAAGAUGGCGUCAUUUCGUUUGAAGAGUAUUCCGAAAUUGUCCAGCAUCAACCCGGUCUGCUUGAGUUUUUGGGAAAGAUAUUUCCCGAUGAUAAAGACCGAUCAUUGGUUGCAUACUGUCAUAAUAUUGAGUCGAUGUUUCCGCCAGAAGACUAACAUUAAAUAAAGUGGUGUUAUUUGUGCGAAAAA